AUGGCCGCCCAGAAACCGCCCGAAAGCACAGAGCACUUGCAAGCAGAACGGGGUGCUUACAGGGGGCCACGAGGGACCUACGGGUCCGUACAGGAACGGGAACAGGGUCAAGUCUGCAGCUUUGAUGAGAAGACAGCAGCCCGUGGAGUGGGCGCCAGCCGAAUUGCUUCCAACGCACCUAUUGGCACCCAUGAUACCCACGAUACCCAUGAUCCAUCAUUAGGCCAAGGCAGCCUCUUGCCCACUUUGGGGGGGAACCACCGAACCAGCAUUUAUGUAACCACCGAUACAUGGCGGCUAUCAGAGCUGUUAGCCAAAAGCGCUGUGCUAAGUGCUAAUUUCAACAAGAUCCUGCCCUCCCAAGUCGAGCUCCAUUUCCCAGCCCCACACACCCCAUUCAAGCUCUCCCCUGGUCGCUCCCAGGCCCCAUGUUCUAUUCGACUUGCUCAUCUAACUACUAAGGACCAACCACUCUUCGAACCGAUCGUCAUUCGAAGUCCAACGUGGAGACGGACGGCAUAUUACACCGCUGGCGCCCUUGCGCUAAAGACUGGGGCCCGCGCCGCCUCAUUCAAGAGCAAUCACCGUGCUAAUCUUCCAUCACUGUCAUACUCUGAUAUCACGAUUCCAGAACCCUUUGUAGAAGCGCUCGUGAUGGUAGCGGUGCAUGAAAUGGGCACGCCUGUCGCACAUCCUUUCCGGACGUCUCGGUUUUCUGAUUCGAGGAGUACAAUACUCCAGCCGCAAGUUGUCUCCAGUGGCCAGGAGGCUCAAUGUAGCGCAUCUGCCCACGUUUCCCAGUCACUCCCAAGGGCGCCAACAGAGCCAAUCAAACCUCCAGACGGUCAAGAUUGCCUUCCACUCGACAGCUCGAUCAACUCUAGAUUUCUUCCCCUUCCACGCGAUCCAACACAGCAUACCCCUUUCUGUUCCUGUGGCCGUUGUUGCAACAUUGCUGUUGCUGUUACACCAAUGCGUAAUUUCUAG